CAAUUAAAUCAUCCUCUCGUCUUCAUCGGCGGAGAGAGUUAAGAUCUACGAAAGGAAGAAGAUGGAGAGCAGAGAAGCGAUGAGGAACACGAAGAUCAAUGUCUUUGCAUUGGUUGGUCUGAUACUAUUGAAGUCAAUCAAUCCAAUCUCCUCGCUCUCGGUUACGGUUGAGGAAGAUGAAUGCGUCCAAGAGUAUGUCCUCUACGAAGGAGACACCGUCUCUGGAAACUUCGUCGUCGUCGACCAUGACGUCUUCUGGGGACCAGAUCAUCCUGGUAUUGAUUUCACGGUGACGUCUCCUGCUGGGAACAUUGUACAGACGAUGAAGGGGACAUCAGGAGACAAGUUUGAGUUUAAGGCACCAAGAAGUGGGAUGUACAAGUUUUGUUUCCACAACCCUUACUCUACUCCUGAGACUGUCUCCUUCUACAUUCAUGUUGGUCAUAUCCCCAACGAGCAUGACUUAGCCAAAGACGAGCACUUGGACCCAGUAAAUGUGAAGAUAGCUGAGCUGAGAGAGUCUUUGGAAUCUGUUGUUGCUGAGCAGAAGUAUUUGAAAGCACGUGAUACCCGUCACCGUCAUACUAAUGAGAGCACCAGAAAGCGAGUGAUAUUCUACACUGUAGGAGAGUACAUUUUCCUAGCAGCAGCAAGUGGUCUCCAGAUUCUCUACAUUCGCAAGCUCUUCAGCAAGUCUGUUGCAUACAACAGAGUUUGAACAUAAUUGAAACCCCAGCAUAGUUUUGUCUCUCUUUAUGUUUUGAAUUGGUGAACACAAUCAUAAAAAGUGUUAGUUGAUUAUGACCUUAACAACGAAAGACUCCUUUUGUUUCC